AUGGACGUUCGUGAACUUCGAUCGGUAGCAAUGUCUAUCAUGCUCAAACAAAGAGUUUGUCGAAAUAUACCAAAAUCUUCAUCUUUUCGUAAUAAACAAGAAACCCAAACUUAUCCACCAAUAAACCACAACAGACAUCAACCUUAUCAAUACAAAGAAAUUGACGUUGCAGUUUUUGACGCUUUGUUUGAAGGAAAACCUAUCGAGAAUAUUAACCCAGUGACUUCUUCACCAAACUCUUCACCACCGUCGACAAAAAUUUUUAAAGAUUCUCGAUAUAGAUAUGUCAUAGACAAGGACUUCUUCAAAAAUUGUAGAAAACCAGUAUCACAGCUCAUACUUUAUUGGGAAACUGUCUGGUUAGUUGGAAAGGCUACCGCUGGAAGGUGUGCUGGUUGGGAUUGGUAA